GAGUGUUGGAACUGGAGAGCGACUCGUCCCUGUCCGCCACCACGCGAGGUCACCGCCGAGAUGGCCAAGAAAAACAAAUCCAAGAUGCUCGACAACGAAGACGAUGGAGGUGCUGAAGAGGAGGAGCCGGACUUCAGCGAUCCUGAAGACUUCGUGGAAGACAUUACGGAGGAAGAACUUUUAGGAGAUUUGCUUCGCCAAAAACCGAAGGAAACUGAUGGCGUAGAGUCUGUCAUCAUUGUUGAUGGUGUGCCAUCAGUUGGCGCUGAGAGACUAGAGAAGUUGAAGAAUGUUGUUCGUAAAAUCUUCAAAGAAUUUGGUGCCAUUAUCAAUGAAUUCUACCCCACAAAUGAAGAUGGAAAGACUAAAGGAUACAUCUUCCUUGAGUUCAAGGAUCGAGCUGCUGCCGAGGAAGCAGUGAGACAGCGCAACAACUACAAAUUGGACAAACAGCACACUUUCCUAUGCAAUCUUUUCACUGAUUUUGAAAAGUAUGAAGACAUUCCUGAAGAAUUUGUUGCACCUGUACCUCAGCCAUACAAAGAUAUGGGAAAUAUGAGCUAUUAUCUGCUUGAUGAAAACUGCUUUGACCAGUUCUCAAUUAUCUAUGACGGAGGCACAACCACUGCUAUCUACCUAAAUGUUGUCCCAGAAGCUGUAGAGGUCGCCAAAAGAGAGAGAUGGACAGAGACGUAUGUACGUUGGUCACCAAGGGGAACUUACCUAGCUACAUUCCAUGGCAAAGGUAUCGCUCUUUGGGGUGGGGAAGAGUUUCGUCAAGUUCAAAAAUUCAGCCAUCCAGGUGUUCAAUUUAUUGACUUUUCUCCUUGUGAAAAGUACAUUGUGACUUUCUCACCACACGUUGACCAACGAUCUGAAGAGCCUCAGUCUAUUAUUGUUUGGGAUGUUCGUUCUGGGCUGAAGAAACGAGCCUUCAAUGCUGAAAGACCUCCAGUUUGGCCAGUGUUCAAAUGGUCUAAUGAUGACAAGUAUUUUGCAAGAAUUGGUGAAGAUUGUCUUAGCGUGUACGAAACUCCAUCAUUUGGUUUAUUGGACAAGAAGAGUAUCAAAGUUAUGGGAAUCAAAGACUUCAGCUGGUCUCCAACAGACAAUAUAUUGGCUUACUGGAUUGCUGAGGAUAAGGAUGUGCCUGCAAAGGUGUCCCUUGUCUCUAUUCCAAGUCGAGAAGAAAUCCGUACCAAGAACUUGUUUAAUGUGGCAGACUGCAAGAUGCACUGGCAGAAGUGUGGUGAUUAUCUUUGCGUCAAGGUUGCCAGGUAUGCCAAGGCCAAGCGUGAAAAAAAUGAAGUGAAGUAUUCUGGUAUCUACUACAACUUUGAGAUUUUCCAUAUGAGAGAGAAAGGCAUUCCAGUGGAUAGCUUGGAAAUCAAGGAAAAUAUACAGGCCUUUGCAUGGGAGCCAGUAAACAACAAGUUUGGUAUCAUCAGUGGUGAGCCUCCAACUGUAAAUGUAACUUUCUUCCAAGUCAACAAAGGCCAAGCUCCUACAGAACUCAAGAAACUGGAAAAGCGGCCUUGCAACAACCUCUUCUGGUCGCCUCAGGGUCAGUUUGUUGUGCUGGCUGGCUUGCGUAACAUGAGUGGAGCUUUGGAAUUCAUUGAUACUAAAGAUUUCCAGGUUAUGAUGAGCACAGAGCACUUCAUGGCCACUGACAUAGAGUGGGACCCCACGGGCCGAUAUGUUGCAUCUUGUGUGUCUUGGUGGGGACACAAGGUGGACAAUGCAUACUGGUUGUGGUCUUUCCAAGGCAAAAUUUUGAAACGGCAAACUGUGGACAAGUUUUGCCAGCUGUUGUGGAGACCAAGACCGCCACCUCUUCUUACAACGCAAGAUAUAAAGGAUAUUAAGAAGAACAUGAAGAAAUAUGCAGCCAGCUUUGAGGUACAAGAUAAAAUGAGAUACAGCAAGGCCAGUCGUGAAAUUAUUGAAAAACGUCAAAAACAGAUGCUUACUUUCACUGAAUACCGACAGAAGAUGAUAGAGAAGUUUGAAGAAGAUAAAGAUACACGGCUUGCUCUUCGUGACGGACAAGACACUGACACACUAACUUCAAAUGAAAAUGACUUCGAGGAAGAAACUGUAGAGUUCUUAGUCAAGAAGGAAACGGUUGUAAUUGACGAGUAAUCCCCAGGAGUCUUAAGUCCCUUGGCUAUCUUUGGUGUGGCCUCGACGAUUGGUGGUGGUGGUAACGGAACCUGAAAAAGAUCGAAGGACGUUGUCACAAUUUGUUAAAUAACUUUCUGCACAUUGGUGCCUGACUAAGGGUAAAAAGACUACACAGGGAUCUGAGUGUUCCACAAAGAGUUCAUCUAGUGUGAGGACAUUAUAACCAGUUUGCAAUAUCUGAUAUUGUUUUUAGUGACACCUGUUACUGUUCAUAAGGUACAUGCAUCAGUGACAUUGCCAUAGCUUUUAUAUAAAAGGACUUUAACCAUGUCAUUUUGGGCUUUUUGGUGUGUCUUACUGACUACUUUAUUGUAUUACAGUGGGUUAUUUCAUAUCCCAUUCAGGAAAAAUAUUGGCUUGGUUAUUAAAUUAUGUAUGAA